CCCCCUGCUCCUCCGAAGUUGCCGCUGGAUACGAGCAUCGUACACGCCUUGCCCAAGCCGCCCAGUCCAACGUACAGCCCGGCCAGGAACAUGCAGACAACGGAAAACAUGUCGCUCCCUCGCCACACGCCGCGAAGUCUGGCGCCGACUAGUACCCGGCGAACAUCCACCGCGCCGUCCUCUGCCGCAUCUGCACAUGCACCAAAUGGCUUGUAUCAAUCGAACGACUACUUCCCCACAGUACCCAGGGUAGCCAGCAACCACCCGCCUCCUGUAGCCCGGCGUAAGUCCUUGAACGUGCCGAAGGAGACUCGUGUGAGCACAGAAAAACUAUACGACUAUCUCCAGCGUUUCAAUGUCCUCUUGAUCGACUUCCGCUCCCGCGAAGAAUUCGAUCAAGGUCACAUCUUCUCGCGUACGGUAAUCUGCAUUGACCCAAUUCAGGUCUUUCAGGGCAUGAGUGCGGAGCAGUUACAGGACCGUAUGGUCAUCAGCCCGGACGCCGAGCAGGAAUUGUUCAUGAACCGAGAUCAAUUCGACCUGGUGGUCUACUACAACACGAAAACCCAGUCUGAAAGCUAUCUGACACGACCGACGAACGACGCCGAGAUGAAGUUGAAAUGUCUUCACGAGGCACUCGAUGACUUCAACCACGACAAGCCGCUACGACACGCACCAAUCUUGCUUAUCGGCGGCAUCGACGCCUGGAGCGAUCUCGUGGGCCCGCAAGCUUUGGCGACUAGCACGACAGCUAGCAAAGUGAAGCAAGCCCGACCGCUGUCUCGGCGGCCUGUGAUCACCCACGGACACAGUCAGAUCAAAAACUCGAAGAGGCGAUUGCGAGAUUAUAAUCCCCUUGACGAGGAAGAAGAGCAAAGCUGGCGGGAGCGCGCGCGUGCUGAGAGUGUGGUGCUUCCAACGUCGCCAGGUGAAGCGGAUGAGCAUGUCGAGCAAUCGCAGGAGCAAGGCGAUAAUGACGACGACCCGAGCAGCGCCAUUAAAGACUUCCUUGAGCGAUUCCCGGAGGCUGGGUCGUUGGAGAGACAUGCGUUUGCACCCUUCCAUCCGUCCAGACACGCGCCUGAGCCGCCUCCGAAAGUUCCGAUUCCUACGUAUCCAAUCGCUCCUCCAGCCAGUGGCUUGCCAACAGCUCCUGCCAGGCCUGCACCAACCGCGCCGAGGACGAGUUACACUGGCGUCUCCGACCGGGUUGUAUCGCAGAACGCCCCCGUGGCAAGAUCAUCCAAUCUGGCCCCGUAUAUCCCAGUCAAAUAUCUGGCCACGAAUCUCAGAUUGCCCAAGACUGGACUUUACAACUUCCGCUUCACGUGCUACAUGAACGUCACUUUGCAAGCGCUUUCUGCGACGACACCACUCAGCAUCUUCUUUCUCGAUGAUCAAUGGCGGAGCCUGCUGCAGCGAGAGAACUGGAAGGGCACGAAGGGCGUGUUGACCGAAUUCUACGCCAACGUAGUCCGCAGUCUGUGGAAGGGCGAUGUUAAUUUCAUCCGUCCGACAACCUUCAGGAAUUUCUGUGGCCGGUUGAAACGUGAAUGGGGACGAGAUGACCAGGAGCAGGAUUCGAAGGAGUUCUUUGACUUCUUGAUUGAUGCGCUCCAUGAAGAUCUGAACAUGAGGUGGGCGAAGACGCCGCUGAAGGAACUGACCGCGGCGGAUGAAGCGAAGCGCGAGAGCAUGCCCAAGUCAUACGUCGCAAAGAUUGAGUGGGGACGGUUCACUCAUCGAGACCAGUCCUUCAUCACCAGCUUGUUUGGAGGGCAGUACUCGAGCAAACUGCGAUGUCUGACUUGCGGGCACACGAGCACAACAUACGACGCCUUCUACAGCCUGAGCGUGGAGAUUCCGCGUUUCCGCAACAGAGACCCCACCCUGAGAGACUGCAUGGAAAGUUACUGUUCGCAAGAGACGCUGGAGGGCGCAGAACAGGCGCACUGCGACAGGUGCAAGGCCUUCCGCGACUCGACCAAGCAAAUCACCCUCACCAGGGCCCCGCAGUUUCUCGUCGUCCAUUUCAAGCGCUUCCAGACAAGCGGCAAAGGAGCGCAGAAGAUCAACACGCCCAUCGACUUCCCUCUCGAGAACUUCGACCUGGAACCCUUCAUGCUGCCCCAACCUACCGCCGCAGAAGCCGAGCACAUCGCCUCGACUUACGGUGCGGAAGCGGCGAAGGCAGACGCGAGCAUGACGCCGCCGUAUACCUACGAUGCGUAUGCGAUCAUCCGGCAUUUGGGCCCGACGUUGGAGGAAGGGCACUACAAGGCGCUGGUCAAAGACCGGGCGCGCAAGGUGUGGAGAUGUUUUGACGAUCGCAUCGCCACCGACUUCACCCCGGGCCAAGGCGCGUACAAGGGCAGUGGCGAUUUGAGGAACGGCCAGGCUUAUAUUGUGUUUUAUCAGCGC